UUAGGGUUACAACAAAACUAACAAAAAACAACGGCAGCAGACUGACGAACAAGUGAACAACAGUCAACAGCGCCUCCACCCUCAGCGACCAUCUCCGCUCGUUCCGGCCGUCCUCCUCCGCCUACAGCCGUUCUCCUCCACUCCAGCCGAUAGCCGUCCUCCUCCGACCGUUCUUCACAGAUGUUUAUUAUCGUAGCUUCCGUUCUUUGGGUAUUUUUGGGUUGUUAACUGCCCGCCAAUAAGAAGACCGGUUCCGAAGUCAAAACUCCUUAAACCCUAAUCUCACUUCCCACCGGCCGCUGCUCUUACUUUCCUCCUGAAUCAACCAUGGGUCGCAGCAGCAGUCAAGCUCUUCUCGACCUCGAAACAACCACUCACACUUCUUCCUCCAAAGAAUCAGCGCUUUUGCUUUGCAAACCAGAUGCCGACGCUGACCUCUUGUUGAAGAAGAUCGAAGCUGCAAAAAGUAAAGCUAAUGCAGUUCCCGUUACUAAACCUGCAAUUACCGCUCCUCCUCCUAGCCUAGUUAUGGGCAAAUUGAAGGACUUUUUAGGAGCCAUGGCAGAAUCAAAUAAGAAGUUGCAGCAAGAGGCAAUGAACUCCAAGAAUCUUGAUAUUGAGGCACUCACAGGGGAUGAAUCAGAAUAUAUUGAAAUGGAUUUAAUGCUCGGUGUUGCUGAUCUAAACACCCCUGAGGCUGCUGCUGCUGCUGAAUCCGCCAUUGUAGGUUCUCAACCUAUCAUAUCUCUUGAUGCCAGUAGUAGUGAAUCUGAAUCAGAAGAUAGCUCUGACGAUGACAGCUGCAGUGAUGAAACUGACAAGGCGUCCGGCCCUUCAAUGAAGUCAAACGGUCAAACCCUAGGUGAUAAAUCGACAAACGCUGUGUCUGAAAAUGGUCAAAAAAGAAAACGAUCGAAGAUUGUUGAGCUCCCAUAGUAAAAAUACAUUGACUGCAAGAAAGUGAUGAUUUCUUGUAGCAUUUGCAAGAGAUGCUUUGGAUUUGAAAAGUUUGAUAUUUUCUAUUUUUAAUGUAUAUGGUUUGCAAGAUGAAAUGAAGAUGUGGUUGUGUGCUUGGAUUA